AUGCCUUCCCAUUUGGUCCAGCCAUUCCACCCUUCCCCUUCCCAACAAACGACUCCUCCCAGCAGCCCUCUGCACCAGCCAAUUGAUGCUAAGGAACCAAACGCGCCCAAUGGACGCCUUGCUCAAGACAAGAACGAUUUCGAAUUGUCUUUCGCGGAGCGACUCUUGACAACACUCGAAAAGCUCGUUGUUGAAAGGUCUACAUCCGAGAGCUCGUCCUCUAGUGAUGAAGCCGCAGCCAAGCCGAACGAGCCGAAGGUUGAGCGAGCAUCGAAGCUGGCAUAUAAGCGUGUGGAGGAAGCGUGGGACGAGAAAUCUUGGAAAUACAAGAUCGUUGAGACAGCUGGUCCAGGGGUCAAAGAUCUCGACCAGUAUGUCUUCCUCGUUCGGGAUAGGAUUGAUAGGAAAACAGAUGAAAUUACAUCUUUUAUCGAUGUCAAGUCCCCGUCAUUGCGAAAUGUCCUGAGAGAAGUCUGUCGCGAUAUUCGAGUGGUCUCUCUGGCAGAUGAAACGCCCUCCAUUGAUCGAAAUAUUCUAUUUCACGUUCGUGGAGAAUUGAAAGCCCAUCAUCGGCGUGCGGUCGACGGCCAGAACAAAACAGCUGCACAGCAUUUGGGUCUUUUGGUUGACUGCAUCGAAUGCACUUUCCAGCCUACUGAUCAACAACUAUCUGUUCUUCUGGCAAAGAAGGAAAUUACGUACGACCUCAUUUGGGCCCUCUCUAAGCCCAAUACAGAGGUAUACACUACCUGUAAGGGUACCGAUGCUCCCAUGAGUGCCCUAUACAACCAUUGCGAAGAGAGACUGGACCUGGAUGGAUCGAAAUUCAUGUACCUCGAGAUUCGUUAUCUGAGCUCGAACGGAAAAACGUUAGGUGAGGUCACAGCCGGCCGCAAGAUACCAUACUUCCGAGGAACCAAGAAAAUCGAGUUUCUCCAGGUGUACCCUUUAGAAUACCACCCCGAGAAGGAGAAGAUGACAAAGGACCUGAUUGAUAACGGCCGCAAGUUUGUCUCUUUGAUGGGCCUCCAUCAUCGUCAGUACGAGGGGAAAGCGUUUUUCAUCGACGACGAAGGGGAGAUCGUCAAACGCCACAUCAAGGAUCGAAUCAUGAUUGAUGCUGUCUGUUUUCAGGAACAGAACCCUGGUCACCCGUUCCCACAAGUCCGAAAGGUAGAACCAAGAGACCCGAUUACGGGCCCGAUUGGUUCCCUCGGACUUGCAGAUCUUGACCCGAGUCAGCUCGAGGAGAACGAUUUCCUCAUUUGCAGCCCUACUGUGUUUGGGUUUUGCCUUGGUAGCAAAACAUUUCUGGAGUUUGCUGUUGCCAACAUCACCGAAAUAUCCUGGAGCCCUUCGUCCUUCAAGGAUGUCAAGAUCCCAGAGAGUCAAAAGAAGCCAAUUUGGGCUCUAACCAAAACAUAUCUUGAUCGGGAUGAGAGCGAUGGCUUUAGGGACCUUGUUCAAGGGAAAGGACGGGGAAUCAACUUUUUGCUCUAUGGGCCUCCUGGUGUCGGGAAAACCCUGACAGCAGAAACAAUUGCAGAGACCUACCGGAUUCCACUAUACACAGUGCCGGCUGGUCAGAUCGGUGUAGAUCCGGUCAAGGUGGAGAGGAUCCUGACCAGUAUCUUCAAGAUUGCAAGCCGGUGGAAAGCCAUACUGCUUCUGGACGAGGCAGAUGUCUUUCUAGCUCAACGUUCGAACGAUCCACAUCUCAAUGCACUCGUAUCGGUCUUCCUGCGCGAACUAGAGCAGUACGAUGGCAUUCUAUUCCUGACGACAAACCGAGUGCAGUCAUUCGACGAAGCAAUGAUUAGCAGGAUUCAUCUUGCUCUACAAUAUCACCCACUAGGACGAGAUGCGCGCGAGGCCGUGUGGAAGUACUUCUUGGGGCAGGCCAACACUAAGCAAGGAAGCCCCGACUGUCCCCAGGAUGCAGUUGACGAGCUAGCGGAGAAGGAACUGAACGGCCGAGAGAUUAGGAAUGCCGUGUUCGUAGCUAGGUCAAUGGCUCAGUACGAGGAGACGGUCGUGUGCGCGACGCAUCUCAAUGAGUCCAUUUCUGCAAGGGAACAGUUCCAGCGAGACUUUCAGGGAGCGGGGGUGGUUGAGAACCGUAACUCGUACUUUUAG